AUGACGAAAGUUGUACGUCUUGGGACACCCAAUUUUGAUAAGAUGCUCUGCCAGCUUGUGAGCAGACAGUCUGAGACCAAAUUUCCCGUUGAUGGUUAUGAUAUAACCAAACUCCCUGAUGAAACUCUGAUUGAACUCUUCAAUACUGCACCAUUGCUCCACGACAAUCAGAGAACAUGUAUUGGGCGCCUCUCGCGCACGUUUGUUCUCAAAGGAAGGGAGCUUGUACGACCAUGUGAAGCAGAAACUAUGAAGCUGGUUGAGGCAAAAACAUCAAUCUCAGUUCUUAAAGUUCAUCAAGUUGUCAAUACCAAGAUGCAAGACACAUUUUUCGGAUGUCAUCGUUACUUUAUCAUGGAUUUUAUUGAGGGCGAUACUACCCAGGACUAUUGGGAGGACUUAAAUCAGGCUCAGCGUGAAAAUGUUGUUUCUCAGGUGGCUUCUAUGUUUCUUGCUUUGCAGCCAGCUCAGGUUCCCCAACAACCAGGCCCAGUAGACUGUCAAUUUUUGGUUUAG